AUGGAGAAGGACGAGUUCGACGACUUUUACGAAGACAUGUUCCUGGAUGCUGAGGGAAACCGUCUCGCCCGCUCAUGGCUGUUUGGGCAAGCUCGGAACCACCUCGGAAACUACUCGGCGGAGGACAACAAGGCCAGGCGGGUCAUCCGGGGGAGCAUAGAUGACAGAGACCGAGUUUUGUGCUGGCUGGAGAUGCUCAGGAGGGACACUUUGUUCGAGGACAUGGCCCUCGCAUAUGGACGGUGUGCUGGGACGUAUCACAACGAGUUCAAGGACACGACGGCGGCCGCGCAGAACAUGCCUUGUCUGCAAGAGGAGAUCCAGUGGCCUGACGCAGCGGAGCGGGCAGCUCAUUGCACUUUCCUUCAAACCUGGGGUCACCCGGAUUUCCCUCGUGUAGCUUACAUCGCCGACGGCACCAUGGUGAACAUGCGGAACCCUGCCAAGGUCGGCAAGGGACAACCAGAGCCUCACGCCCCGGUGCAUCAGGCGAACUACUCCGGUAACAAGGGUCUUGGAACUAGCCAUAUCGUCUACUGCAACGUCAGGGGCAAACCGAUACGGGUGCGUCGUAUACUUUGA